AUGUUCGCGAGAGCUUCGAAACGGCAAUGCCUCGCGAGGCCCCCCGGCGAGCUGCUGGCUCGUUCGUUCUCUAAUACCGCGCCGGCGAGAGCAGACUUCACUCAUGUGGUAAUAGGCGGCGGCGCCAUCGGCCUAGCCACGGCGCGCGCCCUCGCGCUCGCCCAGCCCUCCAGCAGCACGCUCCUCCUGGAGCGGCACGCGCAGCCCGGCACCGAGACGUCGUCGCGCAACAGCGAGGUCAUCCACGCGGGCCUGUACUACGGCGCGGGUUCGCUCAAGACGCGGCUCUGUAUCUCUGGCAAAGAGGCAUUGUACGCCUUCUGCGCGGCGCACGGCGUCGGGCACGCCAACACGGGCAAGUGGAUCGUGGCGCAAGACGCAGCGCAGCGCGAGGUCCUCGAGCGCACGCACGCCUACUGCCGCGACGAGAUCGGCGUGCCAACGCGCUGGGUCGGCGCCGCCGAGGCCGCGCGCGAGGAACCAUCCGUGCGCGCGCGCGCCGGCGUGCUCGCCAGCCCCACGACGGGCGUCGUGGACUCGCACGGCCUGAUGGUCGCCUUACAAGGCCAAUUCGAAGACGCGGGCGGCACAACAGCCCUAAACUCGCGCGUCGACGCCAUCGAGCCUUUACCAGGGAGCAGCAACGACAAACCCGGCAGCGGCGGCUGGCGCCUCACAGUCGCCGACAGCAACAGCAGCACGGGCUCCUCCUCCUCGACCUCGACCAUCACCACCGAAACCCUGAUUAACAGUGCUGGUCUCGGCGCCGUCGCCGUGCACAACAUGAUCGCGCCCCCGGCAGACCAGCGCCAGAUGUUCUACGCCAAGGGCAACUACUUCAGCUACGGUGCCUCCUCCCCAAAGACGAAACGCCUGAUUUACCCCGUCACGGCCCCGGGCGCCGGCGGGCUCGGCACGCAUCUGACAUUGGACCUGGCGGGCCGGCUGCGGUUCGGGCCCGACGUCGAGUGGGUCGACAGCCCCGACGACCUUUCCGUCAACACGGCGCGGUUCGCGCGCGCGCUGGACGAGAUACGGGCCUAUCUGCCGGAUGUGGACGAAAAGGCGCUGGCGCCGGACUACGCGGGCAUUCGGCCGAAGCUGGCGCGCGCGGGCGCCGUGGGGAGUGGGAAGGGGUUUGUGGAUUUCUACAUCCGUCGCGAGGAGGCCUUCGAGGGCUGGGUCAACCUGCUGGGCAUGGAGAGUCCGGGGCUGACGAGCUGUCUGGCCAUCGGGGAUUACGUGCGUGACCUGCUAUAUGGGAGUCAGAAGGUCGACUGA